UUAGCAACCACGAAUCCCAUAAAUCAGAACCGAAAACUAAAUCCGUCCAAAACGGAUAAUUUUCACGUACAACAACAACAACAACAACCAUCUUCAUCAUUUUCAAAUCAUUUCGAUCCAUCUUUAUCAUCACGUCAUUUGUCUUCUGGUGAAAUCGAUGAUCGUGUGGACGAAUGCUGUUCGUCAAUAGGAAAAUUGUUGAUCCACAGCAACAAUCGUAUUGCUGAGGACAAGAGCCAUCAUCAUCAUCAUCAUCAUCAUCAUCGACAUCGAAAUCAUAUAAAUUCUUUUACUCAUCAUCAACCAUACGACCGCUACCAUCAUCACGAACAGCAUUCAAAUAUUACGAUGACAAUCGGUCACCAUCAUCAUAAUCAUCAUUACAAUAAUCGUCAUCAUUAUCCAUCAUAUCAUGAUCAUUAUCAUGAUGAUUCACCGCUACUUCCGCGUAUCGAAUUCCCAUCCAGUCAAUUCGAUCGAUUAUUACGGGGUUCUUCAUCGGCGGGCGGUGGUGGUGGUGGCAGUAGUGGAAAUGGAUCGUCAAUAUCGCAGAAUAAUAAUCUAGAUCGUCAUCAUCAUCAUCAUCAUCGUAAUCAUAAUAGCCAUUCAUCGUCAUCAUCCAAUUCUUCAUCACAUCAUUCACAUCGUUUUACCUCUUUGACAAGAAACAAUUCCAAUUUAUCAUCAACAACGACAAAUUCGACUACGACAAAUACAUCAUCAACGCGUCAUCAUCAUCAUCAUCAUCAUUCGUGGAAGAAUGGAUACAUUGAUGGUGGACGUAAAAAAUAAUAUCGAAAGGAAAAAUGAAUGGUGUGAUGGUCUUACAAUUCUUUUUUGUUCUCCACCGAAAACUCUGAUCUUUGAAUUGUAUUCUUUUUUGUUUCUCUUGUAUAAAACAUUUUUUAAUAUUUGUAAAAAAACUGACUAUAUAAAACCAACUUGUCAUCAUUAUUAUCAUUAUCAUUAUCAUCAUCAUCAUCUUGAUCAUCAUUAUCAUCAUUUACGAUUGCAUCUCGCCAUCAUCAAUACUUGCGUGUGUGUGUGUGUGUGUGUGUAUGUGUGUAAAUAUAUAAAUGUAUCAACAACACCCAUUUCGUCCUACCAUCAUCCGAAUCGAUCGAGCUAUAUUUUAUUCUAAGAAAUGUUUUACAAUACAAUUUUUUCUUUGCCACACACACACACACACACACAAUCACAUCUUCCAAUUUACAACAAAAAAAAUCUAUUUUAUUAUUAAAAAAAAAGAAUUAAUUACAUGAAUGUUUUAAUAUUGCAUUCGUAUAAAUUAAUUCUUUCUAUAUAGGGGAAAAAAUUCUAUAUUCUUAUA